AUGGCCGCCCUAAAGCCGAAGGCUGGAGAGGCUCAGGGAGUAAGGAUAAAUCAGCCCCUUAGCCCGGAGAUCAUGGCAGCCAUACCACCGGAGCGUCUCCGCAUCCCGGCCAUUAAGCCUUAUGUGGGGACCUUUGACCCGAUGGAUCACCUUGAUCUCUUUACCUCUCACAUGAUGGUACAAGACGCCUCAGACGCGAUGUGGUGUAGGGUUUUCUUAGCCACCCUGGAGGGGCAUGCACGGGCUUGGUAUUCAAAUCUGGCUCAUCAUUCCAUCGUAAGUUUUGCACAACUCCGAGGCAGCUUUCUGACGCAUUUUGCACCUCUCCGGAGACAUCGAAGGUCUACCAUGGCCUUGGUAAGUAUGAAGCAGAACCAAGGAGAGCCCUUGAAGGACUUCGUCUCACGAUUUAAUAUGGAGGCCUUGAGCAUAGAGAACUUUGACCACAACGUAGCUAUGGUGGCGUUCCAGAACGCCCUAAGGCCUGGCCCUUUCGCCCAGUCAUUAGCCAAAACGCCCCCGAGUACGUUCACGGACAUAUUGGGCUGGGCCACGAAGUACAUAAAUGCCGAAGAGGUCAUGCAGGCUAAGAAGACGGAGCAUGUGGAGAAGAAGGAUAAAAAGAAGCAUCCGGAGGAAAGGAAAAGUGACGACCGAAGGGAAAAACAUCGUCCUCGGUGGGAUUCGGGUGGUUUUACUCCUCUGAAUGCCCCGAGGGCAGAGAUCCUUGCUACUAUUGAGGGUAAAGACUACUUGAAAAAGCCUCGACUGAUGAAGGCGUCGUCCGACAAAAGGAACCGAAGUAAAUACUGUCGUUUUCAUCGGGAUCAUGGUCAUGAUACGGAGGAAUGUCACCAAUUAAAGGAGGAGACUCAGGAGCUCAUCAAUCGAGGUUUCCUGAAGAGCUACAUGGCCAAAGCAGGUGAUUCUCGGGGAAGGAAGGACCAACGGUCGCGAUCGAGGAGCCCCUCCAAGAGGGACCGCACGGAGGAUCGAAAUCGGGCUCGGCGGGAGAGAUCGCAUAGAGGGGAAGAUGAUCAUCCUCAGCCUUCGAUAUUCCAUACACUCGCAGUAGGGGAGGUCCCGGUCAUGAAGGGUGAAAAAGGUGGUGCCGUCUGGCUGAAAAGAUCGAGGAGUGUGGAUCUAAUCUCUUUUUCAGAUAGCGACCUCCCGGGAUACUCGAAUCGAAAUGAUCCGCUGGUGAUAACAGCCGAGCUCGGGAAAUGGGAGCUUUGGCGGAUCCUCGUGGAUCUAGGGAGCUCUUCGGAAAUCUUGUAUCGGCAGGCCUUCUUAGGCAUGGGGUAUGAAAUGACGCAUUUGAGGACAGCGAGGGUCCCUUUGGUGGGAUUUGAUGGUGAAGCCGUAUAUUCAUAA